CCACAGAGGGCUGUGGAUGGCAGCUGGAGCUUAUGGGGACCAUGGCAGCAGUGCUCCAGGACCUGUGGAGGUGGGGUGGAGUUCUCCUACAGGGAGUGCACUGAUCCUGUGCCUCAGAAUGGCGGGAAGUACUGUGAGGGACAGAGAGUUCGAUACCAGUCCUGCAACACAGAGCCUUGUGACGCCAGUGAAGGUAAAAGUUUCAGGGAAGAGCAGUGUGAGAAAUACAACAGCCCUAACUACCUGGACUACAAUGGAAAUGUCAAACAAUGGAUCCCAAAGUAUGCAGGAGUUUCCCCCAGAGACCGCUGUAAGCUGUUCUGCAGGGCAAGGGGCAGCAGUGAGUUUAAAGUAUUUGAAUCAAAGGUGAUUGACGGGACAACCUGUGGCCCUGACACCACAUCAGUGUGCGUUCAAGGCCAGUGUGUGAAAGCAGGAUGCGACCAGGUGAUAGGAUCCAACAAGAGGGUGGAUAAGUGUGGAGAGUGUGGAGGAAAUGGGCUCAGCUGCAGAAAGAUAACAGGCUCCUACAACAAAGGAAUCUAUGGCUACAGUGACAUUGUCACUAUUCCCAUUGGUGCCACCAACAUUGACAUCAAGCAGAGGAGCCAUCGAGGAAUCAAGCAUGAUGGGAACUACCUGGCUGUGAAGCGAGAAAACGGAGCUUACAUCCUCAAUGGUAACUUUUCCGUAUCCACAGUGGAGCAGGACAUUCCCAUACGGGGCGCUGUGCUGAAGUACAGCGGCUCCUCCACCACAUUAGAGAGGAUCCAGAGCUUCAGGCAGCUGAAGGAAGCCAUAACCAUCCAGGUCCUGGCCACAGGAGGGGAUGCCAAUCCCCCCAAGAUCAAAUAUACCUUUUUCAUCCCUAAGGACACAGCGUUUAGCAAAUCUAAAGAGAAAAAGGGCUUGUACUUGUCUCUACAUAUGAUCAGCGAUGUGUCUGACUGGGUGCUGGGAGAGUGGUCUGAGUGCUCCAAGAGCUGUGGCUCUGGGUGGUCCAGGAGGAGCGUCGAAUGCAGAGACGGUGACGGCUUCUUCUCCAGCCAAUGCGACAGGGAGCUGAAGCCCACAGACAUCCGGCCUUGCGGAGAUGUACCGUGUCCUAUCUGGCAGAUGGGUCCCUGGUCUUCCUGCUCACGAACUUGCGGUCAGGGCGAGCGCCGCCGCAGUGUGUUCUGCAUAGACUACACAGGGAAGACUGUUGAACCAGAGAUGUGUGAUCCAAAUAAAAUCCCAGAGCCAGCCUCUGGGCAAUGUAACAACCAUGACUGCUCAUGAAAAACAUGAUUACAAUGAACAGUCUUUUUUUUUUUUGUUUGGUCAGAGUGCACAUACAAAUCCUGGAUGGGAGCACCAGCAGCAGACGUUUUGGAACAAACAGCUAUAGAUAUUGGUGAUUACCAAGAAAUCCAAAAAGACCUGAACUCUACAUUUUAGAGAAAAGUCUUCAACUUUCGACUAAAAAGAAAUGAUAAACAACGAAAAUCUAAAACUGCCUUGGUUUUAUUCCUAAGAAUUAUUUCUAAGAUAUGAGUAUGAUUGAAGGGGGUUGGAUGACCUUGUAUGUUGAUAUUCCUGGUCCCACUAUAAUUUGUCUUUUGUUAACAUUUGACAUCCACUAUUAAGAUUCGGAACAGUGAAGAUCUACCUCAGGAUGCACAUGUGAUGCUAUGUGGAAAUGCUCAUUUUUGAUGUAGUGUGUGCUUUCUCUAGAAUGAGAUUUAAAAGCAAAGAAUUAACUUCAGGAAUAAAUUUGGCAUACUUUGCCAUUUGUUUUCUAGAUUUAGGUGCCACUGUGAGUCCAAAACAUUAGCAAGAGCCAACACAGAGUCUGUAUAUCCUGGAGAACUUUGAUUGGACAAUUAAGACAUGAGGCUAUGUAAGCCUUUGGGAAAAGUGUUAAUCUUAAUUAAAAUCAGAUCUGAGUGAAUUCACCAAGAUGAUAAUGUCAGUUCCUUCAAAACCAUCCAUUUCAUACCCUUAUUUAUAAACCACUGCAUCCAUAUUAACUAUAGAGAUGGUCAUAAAAAUGCUCAAAUCUCAUGUUUAAUUUAAUGUAAUUUCAUAUCAUCUCCUGAAAACUUUUCAUCUGGCCAUAUUUUUGUAGUUAUCCCUAUUUUUGGUUAUUAGCUUUUAUGAAAUGUGUCAAAUUGUAGCCUCUGGUUUCCUGUUGAUACAAAUUAUUCAAGAGAAUCAUAAAACUGCAUUAUUUUAAAAUUCUUAUCUUCCCACCCUCACCAUCACCCUGUCGGUACAAACUCUUACACGAUUGGUGAAGAAUAACUAAAACUAUAAAGGUACAAAAAGAUUGUUCAUGACUCUGUUUCUGGCAGAAAAUGCAGUAUACUUAUAAAAGAAAUAAAGUCAAUGAAAAACAAAAAUUCACUGUUCAUAACUAGGGCUUGCACUAAAAGACUUCCACUGAA